CUUGAUUGCAAUCGAGCACAGAUCUUACAUUGGAUCUAUUCUUCAUCAUCACUGCCAGAAAUGCGACGCCGAGAUAUCGGUAGCAACGUAAGGUCUUUAUGUAAUGGGAACAUAUGUAUGAUGCUCGCGAACUGCUCGGACGAGUCCUCGUUUGUUGACCAUCAUGGCACCCAUCCCUUUGAUACCGUUGACUAUUGCCACUCUGCUCAGUGUACAUGGACUGCGCUCGCGAUCACUCUCCUUCUCCGGUGCGGUGACCGCCUUCGUAGUUGGCUUCAGCAUUCUUGCAGUGCCUGUGCGGACCAUUGGGAUAACUCUCAUUGUGUUCUACUUGAUCGGGUCCAGAGCCACCAAAUACGGCAAGAAGCGGAAAGCUCAGCUUGAAGAUGACUAUCAAGACGCUGGCUACCGAUCUGGCGCCCAAGUUCUCUGCAACUCGUUCACCGCGUUACUUGCGAGUGGAAUAUGGUGUCUUGCCUUUGCGCCUGACAUGUUGCCGUGGAGUCUAGUCAAAUCUUACACUCACUCUGCUUCAGCAUUGCUGGAGAGUGUGCCAUACCAAGAUGGCCAAUGGUGCCCACUGGACGCAACGGUAUCAAGUGGAUUGAGUCGCGCGCUGAUCUUUAUGGCGCUUGGCCACUUUGCCUGCUGCCUGGGAGAUACUCUCGCGUCAGAACUCGGUAUCCUCUCUUCCCGCCCGCCAAUCCUUAUCACGACGCUAAAAACGGUUCCACCCGGUACAAACGGUGGUGUCUCACUCGGCGGGACACUCGCCAGCUUAUUUGGCGGUUUGUCCAUGGGCGUAACAAUGUUCGUUUCACUCAUUGUAGAGAAUGAACACUGCAGGAGCAGUUGGAUGACUAUUCUUCCGUCACUCGUAUUCUGGGGUGGUGUAGCGGGUGCUGGCGGGAGCUUGCUGGAUUCGUUCCUCGGAGCGACCGUACAGCGCACACGCUACUCAGUUGACAAAAAGAUCAUUCUUACCGGCCAUUCGGCGGAACCUGAUCGCGGGAGGAAAGACACUGUCAAAGUUAUUAGCGGACUCAAUUUAUUGACAAACAAUCAGGUCAACCUGCUGUCAUCGAUAGGGACUGCGCUUGUUGUCGCAAGAUUUGCCUCAACGUCAGAGACAUGAUCAUUUCUGUGCUUCAAUUUCACCUGUAGAACUCUCUGAUCGCAGCUGUAUGCCUCCAACCAUGCCACCAUUCAAUUUUUCUCUUGACAGGAAUCAUAGGAGAUACUAUAAAGUAUUCGAGUCAGUCCGGGUUCUUUGUGCAGUGACAUUGGCUCGAAUAUGAGACUGGUUGCAGUGUGCAUUCUUAGACUUUUCUUUGCAGGUUCCUCAUCUGGAGGACUACUCUGAUGUACGGAUGCUUAAGCUAGAAGAUAAUAGCUCCGGCCGCGGUAAAUUG